AUGGCGCAACUAUAUGGGGGUGACUCGGACUUCUGGACAGACGACGACAGCAGCGAUGAAUCCGCUGCUGAGGAGGAAUCUGCUGCUGCUGCUGCUGCUGCUAAGGAAUUAAAAUGUGAUAGUUUGCUGCAGCAGCUGCAGCAGCUGCAGCUGCAGCAGCAGCAGCAGCAGCAAGUAUUGCCACCAAUAUUAGACUUUAUUCCUCCUCCUCUAUCUGUUCCUCCUAUAUCCGAGGAAACCCUUAAUGAGUUACGCGAACUAGACAACGAAAUCCUACAAGAGCAGCAGCAGCAGCAACAGCAGCAGCAGCAGCAGCAGCAGCAACAGCAGCAGCAGCAAGAAGAAGAAGAAGUAAAUGAUAUAUCUGAUUCAUUAGAUUCACACGAAGGUCUUAACUUUAUCCCUAAGCAUCAUCAGCAGCAGCAACAACAGCAGGAUCAGCAGCAGCAGCAGCAGCAGCAGCAGCAGCAGCAGCAGCAGCAGCAAAUACUCCUACCACCAGAUAUAUUAGAUAUUUCUUCUCCUUCUUCUUCUUCUUCUUCUUCUUUUUUAAUUAAUUUUAAAUUAAUGGAGGAAAUACCAACAGAUAUUAAUCCAUUUGCUGCUCCUCCUCCUGUUAUUGAAUGUGAGCCUCCUCUCUUCCUGCAGCAGCAGCAGCAGCAGCAGCAGCAGCAGCAGCAACAGCAACAGCAGGAGGAGCAGCAGCAGCAGCGGGAGCAGCAGCGGGAGCGGAGACGAGAAGAAGAGGGUCAAAAGGAUGAUGUUGAUGACAGCAGCAGCAGCAGCAGCACUGCAGCAACAGCAUCAGCAGCAUCAGCAGCAGCAGCAGCAGCAGCAGCAGCAGAUAGUAUUAAACAGAAGCAGCAAAGACAUAUAAGAAAGAAAUGGUGUAUAGAAGAUGUUGCUGAUGUAUCUUUCUUUCGUCGUACAUUAAGAGAAAUAAGAAAAGAGCGUGCUGCUGCUGCUGCUGCAGCAGCAGCAGCAAGACAGCAGCAGCAACAAGCUGCAGCAGGAGGUAGUGCUGCACUCGAAUCCGCUCUUAGAGCACAGGUUGCACCUCCUCCUGAUGCAGCAGCAGCAGCAGCAGCAGCAGCAGCAGCAGUAACUGGUGCUGCUGCUGCUGCACCUACAGAUACAGCAUCUCCAUCUGCAGCAACAGAUACAUCACCCGAUACAGCAACAGCAGCAACAGCAGCAGCAACAGGAGCAGCAGCAGCAGCAGCAGCAGCAGCAGCAGAUUUAUCCCCAGAGGAGGAGCCUCUUGCUAUUGAGUUUGGCUUCCCUCUUGAUGACUUCCAGAAAAGGGCGAUCUUAAGAUUAGAAAAAAAUCAAUGUGUAUUUGUUGCUGCACAUACUAGUGCAGGUAAGACGGUGGUUGCUGAGUACGCAAUUGCAUUAGCAUUGCAAAGAAGAAGAAGAUGUGUAUUUACUUCUCCAUUAAAGGCGCUCUCUAAUCAGAAAUAUAGAGAUUUUAAGAAUAAAUUCGUAUCGGUGGGGCUGAUAACGGGAGAUAUUUGCAUCAAUCCUGGUGCAGCGUGUCUAAUUGUUACCACGGAAAUUCUAAGGGGUCUUCUAUUCAGAGGAGAUGAAAUAAUAAGCCAAUUAGAUACAGUUAUAUUUGACGAAGCACAUUAUGCAAAUGAUGCAGAAAGAGGAGUUGUAUGGGAAGAAUGUCUUAUUCUUCUUCCUCAACAUGAGUGUUUAAAGAGAUUAACUCCUGCGGAUAGGGAAUUAAGACAAAUAGAUUUUGUCUUAGAGUUAUUAAGAAAAGGAGUUGGUAUUCAUCAUGGUGGUCUUCUUCCUCUUAUUAAAGAAAUG